AUGCGCGGGACUUCCAUUCUUUCUCUGCUUUCUGCGGCAAUGGCUGCCUCUCCUGGUCUGACGACUUCUAACCUGAAAACUCAUGUCGAUGUGCUGGCACUCGACAGUGCCUUCAACCCCGUCAAAGAAGCCUACUGGACUGGCUAUCCACACCACCGUCGCACUCCUUUCGCGGUGUCUCCCGAUGGAACUUCUGCCUACAUUGCGUAUCUGGAUUCUAGCGAGACUGAUGUUCAUAUUCAGAAGUUGGACCCUACGACUUUUGAGGCUACGGGCACUACGGUUACCGUCUCUGGUGGAAAAGAAGCCGGAGGUCUCGUCGCUCACAACGAUGGUUUUGCUGUUCUGGUCAACGAAGCCAUGCCUUCGGGUACCACCAAUGCGCCACCCAGUGAUACCCCCGUUGCUGUCUUGUACCGCUAUACCGAUGGAGAUCAGACUUGGAAGACCUGGCUGGGUGGACCUGGAGUUCAUGCAUCUGAUGGUCUCUCUGCUUCCCCGGACAUGAAUGGUGACCUCGUCUACUCUGAAAGCGAAGAGCUCUACGGUGCAUACUUCGUUGUCACUGAUUACACUGGGGACGCCUCUGGUCACUAUGGUGACAGCAUCCAAUACGUUACCAAGGCUGGAGAGUUGGACACAAUCACCGGUGCAUCAAGCUCCUGGGGUUGCAGCCACAACACCGGUAUUGCGUUCGAGGAUGCCGACCAGGCUCCCUUCGCCAGUAUCUGCGCUGAGGACCAGGGCGCUAUCUGGCUAAACACCGAGGGGCAAGGCAUGAUGAAUGAUGGAGUCAAGAUCUCCAACGAGAACACCACUAACGGUGGCUCUGGUGAGCCUAUGGGUGGCAUGUCGGGUAGUUACAGCGCGCUGGCUCGCUUUGCCGACACUACUAAGUACAUCUUCGCCUGGGUUUCUCGCGGUGCCAUCGAUGUGACUGAAAAUACCUGGAUGGGAGAUGGUUACACUCAUGUCAAUAAUCGCACCAAUGGCCGCAACGUUGCUAUCUCCCUAUUCACGGACAAGUACACCAAGGUCGGCGACCAGGCCACCUCGGUGGUUGGCACUGAGGAUGGAGACAGCCAGGUCAACUGGGUUACCCAAGGAUCGAAUGACUGCUCCAAUGCCCACGCGGCAACCUUUGGCAACAGCUCGGCCCUGAUCACCUGGGAAGAAAUCGCGAACCCUAUUUGCGACUACAUUGCGAUGGGUUGUCGGGGACAGUUUGCGGGCACUUUCUUCCAAGAGGUGGGUUCGGAUGGUAGCAAGGUUGGUGAUGCUUUCACGAGCACCGAUGUCUAUAUUGCAGGUGACAUGAUCACUAUGUCUGAUGGCCGUAUUUGCUGGCCGUAUGUCAGCAUGGAGUGGGAUCUGUCGCAGGCGGUUGGGUAUGAUAGUACUUCUACCACUACGAAGAAGAUGUCCUUCGCUUGUAUGAGCACUGAAGAGACUACCAACGCCACCACUUCUGCCGAGACCACGACCACUGCCGCCGCUGUGGAAACUUCUUCCGCUGUCAGCAGUGCUGCUAUUGAAACUACUUCUGCUGCUACUUUCGCCGAGACUACUGCUGCUAUCUCUGAGACCACUACUGCUUCAGAGACAACUGUCGCCGCCGUUACGACUAUCACUUCCACUAAGACUACUACUUCUGCUGUCGCUGCGCAGGCAGUGCAGGCAGUGACUACCUUCACCACCCAGUCUCGUCAGUCCUCGAAGUCCAGCACCACCGUGACUUCCUCUACCAGUGUUGAAUUUGCCCAGGCAAUCUCAACCGGCAGUGCCCAGGAUACUCUGGACUUUGUCCGAGCCGUGUUCAAAUACCUGGUCGGAAACAACUAA